AAUGAUUAGUUUUCGAAAGAUUUUGCCGCAGAAACGCAAGAGGACGAUGAAGAGUUUACUUAUUUUCAUUAUAUUGUGUUUUGUUUCUGGAAAUAUUGGAAAGAAAGGAUUCGGUCCUGGAGAACAAGAAUGGGGUUUUGUUCAAGUACGUCCCUAUGCAAAUAUGUUCUGGUGGCUUUAUUAUACGACGGCAGACGUUAAAUCUUAUUAUGACAAACCUCUAAUCAUUUGGUUACAAGGUGGACCAGGCGGAUCUUCGACGGCGUAUGGAAAUUUCGAAGAAAUAGGACCUCUUGAUACAGAUUUAAAUCUAAGGAAUUACACUUGGGUCAAAAAUUACAAUGUUCUCUUCAUUGAUAAUCCUGUUGGUACUGGUUUUAGUAACGCUGAAAACAUAUCCGCAUUUGCAACAACAAAUGCUCAAAUCGCAAGUGAUCUUUUAGAAUGUAUUCGAGGAUUCUAUAAGCAAUUACCGAAAUUUAAGCCUGUUCCAACAUAUAUCACCACGGAAUCGUAUGGUGGAAAAAUGGGCGCAGAAUUUGCGCUUGUCUGGGAUCGAGCUCAAAAGGCUGGCACUAUUGAAAGUAAUCUAAAGGGAGUUGCACUUGGGGACGCUUGGAUUUCUCCUAUUGAUUCUACAAUGACAUGGGCGCCAUAUCUACUCAGCACGGGUAUGGUUGAUAUGGAAGGUUUUAAAGAAAUUGAUGCUGCGGCAAACGAGACAAGAGAUAAAAUAGAAACAGGUCAAUGGCGAGAGGCAACUAAUUAUUGGGGUUAUACGCAAACUAUCGUCUUAAAAAAAACUUACAAUGUUGAUUUCUACAAUAUUUUGACAAAACAGAAAUGGAAUUAUUAUCAUUUAUCGCCGCAGAACAUAUUGUCCUUUGAUGGAGAUACUAUAGAUCGAUAUUUUAUUCAACUUUGGUCUCAGUCACUUGAUAGUUUGAUGAAUGGCCCAGUAAAAAAAGCACUCGGUCUUAACGUCACACAUGGCAUCCAAUCAAACACAGUUUUCGAUUGCUUAACAGAAGAUUUUAUGAAGCCUGUUAUUAAUAUAGUGGAACAAUUGCUUAAUGAAACUAACUUGAACGUAUUCGUAUACAAUGGACAAUUGGACUUAAUUGUCGAUACACCGGGCACCCUUCUUUGGGUUGAAAAGUUAAAAUGGAAAGACGCUAACACCUGGAAAAAUUCGGUGAGGCAGCCGCUUAUUUCUAAAGAGUUCAUCGAGGGCUUUUUGAAAACUUAUGAUACAUUCUGGAUGUACUGGGUGAACAGAGCCGGACAUAUGGUUCCGAAAGACAAUCCAGCAGCUAUGGAAGUGAUACUACAAAAUCUGACGAGCAAUGCAAACAACUAAACAAAAGCAAAAACUAGCUUUUAUAUUUAUAAAUAAAAACCUAAUAUAUAAUUUAGUGAUGUCACAUUUAAAUUAUUAAAAUUAUUUUAUCCGUUUUUCACAUAAUUAAAAAGAAAGAAAUAAAUAACUAAGAUGCUUAUGCAAAAUACGCAAUUGUUAAAAAACUAUUCUUAUUAUAAUAUAUGCCAAAUGAAAAAUGUUGUACAAUUUAUAUUAUAUGUAAUUGACACGUUUUAUACUUCAAUCUACAUUGAACUACUAUAAUCAUUGAUGUGUUUCUAAUUAACGUUUCUAUUAACUUUUUAUCUUUUAGAUAUAUUGAUAAUAAAGAUUAUUCAUAGUUGAUAGCGUAUCUGUGUAUAUGUUACUAAAUUAUAUGAUAAAUUGCAUAUUACACCUUACCAAUGACUUUGAACUUGACAUAUAUUGUCAAGGACAUGAUCCUGAGUAACUUUUUCUUAUAAAUUAAUCGGCGGUCUCUUAUAGUUUCCGAAAUAUACGGUUUCAAAGUUUUACAAUUUUAAUGAUUUUUCUAUUAUAAAAUAAGGAAAAAUAAAGAUUGUUUACAAUGUAUUUGCGUAGAUCAGAU